CUUCAGAAGGAAACACGUGUUUUAAGUUUGUAGCUUGUAGAAUGUUCGAUUGAUGAUAUUCCACAGAAUAUUCAAAAAUGGAAAUAUUAGAUAAUUGCCCUAUAUAGGCUAGAAGUUCAAUAAUAAGGAAAUCCUUUGAAUGAAUCCUUGUCAGUCAAUUUCACAAUAUCACUGAAAAUGACCAAAAAAAAAAGAAUGAGAAAAUUAAUUUUCCUGCUUCCCAUGAUCUUCAGGAAAUCGAUAUGGUACAACUCUCUGUUAAACAUGUGACGUAUGGAAUGCCACUCUUUUUCUGAUAAAGCAGAUUUAAACAUAAAUACAUUAAUUGAACACAGAAUUAGUAGAACAAGUAGUUUUGUUCACCAGUGGUCAUUUUCAGAAAGGAAAGCCUAGUAUCUAGCUUGGGUUUCUGGCUGUCUUUUGGCCUGAUCUGUGUGCUGAGAAGAUUUUGAGCAGAUAUCAGACUGAGCACUGAUCAGUGUUAAUGUGUUCUUAUCACUUCCUACUGAACCUGUAGACUGAGAGCUUACUCAAUCACACCCACAAUAUUAUUAGAUUUCAGCUCUGCCAUUUCCUGAAGCUGCAUCUGGGUGUUACCUUCCCUGCUGCAUUUAUACUCCGAAUGGUAUGUUUCCAGCUCCUGAAACAAUGAAGUCUUGACGUCUUAAUUUGAUGCAGUAGUGCAUUUGCUGGUGUCUAAAAUAAUGCUAAGAUACUAAUUCACUCAGGAACAAUCAGAAAGGAAAUGUUAGUGUGGUUAAACCUGUUCAGAGAUUGUUAGCAAAGAGGGUGAGCGUGACAAGAAAGAUCUUGAUCAGUUGCACAGAGGCAGACAGUAAUGACAGACAUUGUAGCAAAUAUGCCUAAUGAAGAAGUCAAAUGAAGCUGUUGGUUAAGAGUGCAACUAAGACAGCAACCCUUCGUGUUAAAAGCUUAAUGUCUGUGGACAGGAAACCUGAAGCUGUGAGGGAGUGAAUAAGACAAAAUGGAAAAAAAUAAAUGAGUAUCUUGAACAAACUACUGUUUCUGUGGAAAUAGAUUGCAACAUAACAAAUUGCCUGUCCUGUUGUUCAUCUUUAACAUGUUUUCUGUCACAUUUUAGUGAGCUAAGAUGUUUAAUACAAAAACAAAGGCUUUGUCACAUGAGUAACAGCAAGAUGUAGUUGCCACCGUCUUAGCCAGUGCCUUAGAAAACUAAUUUCUAAGAAUAAAAGUCACCAAUCGGAGUCAGUAUGAUCGACAAAAUACCAUGCAAAAGUAUGUGGUAAACAACUGGCACAUACACAUAUACUUGUAUAAUCAGUAUUAAAGUAUUCUGUCACCCCUCAUGCCCCCUCAUGGUGCUGAGCCUGUAAAAUGAAGGCCUAAUGAAGUUAGACAGCUCCCAAACAGGAGGUAGAGGAAAUGAUGGUGCCCCAAUCAUCACCUUCCCAGAAUACUCUGGCUUCAAUGAGCUUCCUGAGGAGGACUUCAUUAACGUAGUCACGUAUCUGACCAGCAUACCCAGUCUGGAUGCGGCCAGUAUUGGUUUCAUAAUUAUCAUUGACCGCCGGCGGGACAAAUGGAGCUCAGUGAAGGCCUCGCUUGCUCGGAUAGCGGGGGCAUUCCCUGGCAACUUGCAACUAGUUCUGGUGCUGAGGCCGUCACGUUUCUUCCAAAGAACCAUUGCUGACAUUGGCAUCCGGUUGCAUCGGGAUGAUUUUAAAAUGAAGGUACCGAUUGUCAUGCUGAAUUCCCUUUCUGAUCUGCAUCGAUACGUGGACAAAGGUCAACUGACAUGUGAGCUAGGGGGGAGUCUACAAUACUGUCACAGUCAGUGGAUCCAUCAUCGCACAGCCAUUGAAAACUUUGCCGUGACGGUGAAAACCACAGCCCAAAUGUUACAGAAGUUUGGGACAGACUUAGCAGAAACCGAACUCCCCAAUGAUGUGCAGUGCACCAAGGAACUGCUGACAGAUCACACAGAUAAACAUGACAAGCUCAAGGAUGAACUGAAGUUAGCAAUGAAACAAGGACACACUCUGUUAUCAUGUAUCAAAGACCAGGCCAACAAAGCAGAAACCCACAAACUAAACCCGGAUGAAAUGGAAAAUCAAACCACUGUCGAAAGGUUAUUGGCUCAGUUGGAUGAGACAGAAAAUGCAUUUGAACAGUUCUGGUCCAAACAUCACCUCAAGUUAGAACAGUGUUUACAGCUCAGGCAUUUUGAGCAAGACUUUAGAGAGGUAAAAAUGUCUCUGGACAGCCUGAUGGAGGCUUUGCUGGAGCUCUCAGACAUUGGGGACUGUGUUGCUCGUGUAACACAGCUGCUGAAAGAACUGAAGAGUCUGGAAGAUAGUGCUCAGGAGUCUUUGGAGAAGGCACAGCUGCAUGCCCUGCACGGUGAUCAGCUCAUCCAGAGCAACCACUAUGCUGUGGACUCCAUCCGGCCGAAAUGUGUGGAGCUGCGCCGCAUUUGUGAUGACUUCAGCAACGAGGCCAAGAAGAAAUAUGACAUCUUGUCCAAAUCACUUGAGAUCCAUACAGGCAUAGACAAGAUCAAUCACUGGUGUGAGAGUGGAGUGUAUCUCCUGGCAUCUCAAGCGGUGGAUAAGUGCCAGUCUCAGGAGGGUGCAGAGGCAGCACUGCAGGACAUUGAGAGGUACAUGGAGACCGCUAAGGAGCAGCAGCUAAAUCAACUCAGAGACCUCUACAACCAACAUGAGAUCAUCCUCUCUGAUCUCAUAAAGACCAAUGUGGAGAAUGCUUUGAAAAGGCUGGAAGAAGUGCACGAGAUGUUUGAGAAGAGACACAUCAGUCUGAAAAGGCUAUCUGCGAAACAGACCAGACCAGUGCAACCUGUGGCCCCUCGACCUGAAUCUUCACCAAAGCGCCCUUCACCAAAAACCCCACGGCCUCCAGGUUCAACACCAAAUCGCAGAAGCUCAGAGAACAGUUCCAUCAAGCAGCCCGCUGAUGCUGAAUUAGCAAGAAAGAAAAACAUCCGUAAAGCUAAAGGCGGCAUCAAGAUUGAAGUUAUGCAUGAAGAAAGCCAAGGAGGUUCCAGCCACAUUCUCGUGACCAGUGAGACAGAAGAGAGCCUGUCUAGCAGGCGGAGACACAUUAUGAAUGAGCUGAUUGAGACUGAGAGACUCUAUGUUGAGGAGCUCCAAAGCAUAAUGGAGGGUUAUGCAGCAGCAUUAGAUAACUCAGAACUAAAUCAUUUAAUCCCACUCGCACUGGAAAACAAGAAGGAUAUCCUCUUUGGCAACCUUGCUGAAAUCUAUGACUUUCACAACAAAACAUUUCUCAAAGAGCUAGAAAACUGUGUGGAGAAACCUGAGUUAGUGGGAACAUGCUUCUUGAAAAGAAAAGAAGAGUUGCAGAUCUAUGAGAAAUACUGUCAAAAUAAACCUCGGUCUGAAGCUCUCUGGAGGCAGUGUGGGGACAGCAUGUUCUUUCAGGAAUGCCAGAAACAAUUGGACCAUAAGCUCUCUUUAGAUGCAUACCUGCUGAAGCCUGUGCAGAGAAUCACCAAGUACCAGCUAAUGUUGAAGGAGAUGCUGAAAUGCAGCAAGAACUCUGAGGGCACAGCAGAACUAGAGGAAGCUUUGGCCACUGUGCUGGACAUCAUAAAGUCAGUAAACGAUUCAAUGCACCAGAUUGCCAUCACUGGGUUUGAGGGUAAUCUGAAUGACUUGGGGAAGCUGCUCAUGCAAGGCUCUUUUAACGUAUGGACAGACCAUAAGAAAGGCCAUAAUAAGGUGAAAGACUUGGCACGCUUCAAGCCCAUGCAAAGACACCUCUUCUUGUACAACAAAAUGAUUUUGUUCUGUAAGAAGCGUGAGGAGACCUCGGAUGGCCAUGAAAAGUCCCCCUCCUACAGUUUCAAACACUCCCUAAAGAUGAGUGCUGUUGGCAUCACGGAGAAUGUGAAAGGGGACGUCAAGAAGUUUGAAAUCUGGUACAAUGGAAGAGAGGAAGUCUACAUAAUUCAGGCCUCCUCCAUGGAUGUCAAGAACAUGUGGGUGUCUGAGAUCCGGAAAGUGCUGACAACCCAGUUGGAGGCAUGCAGAGAAGCAAGCCAGCUCCAUCAAAGGAUCACAGAGAACAUCUACCAUGCUCCCAUGAGCAGGAAUGUGCGCAAAGUGGCCCUCAGGCAAUCUGACUCGUCCAGCCCUGAGACGGGAUACAGGCGGAGUGACACUGGCCCCAACAUGAGGCACAAGCGAGCUGAUGCUGCUGCCAACCUAAGUUCAGACCAAUCCUCAGCUCUGGCUAGAAAACGUUUCACCUUACAAGGCCUGUCCAAUCGCAGGUCUCUGCCUUCAGAACCAGCCCCUAAGGAGGCGGAAGUCACACGCCGCUUCUCUUUAGCCUCCUCCCUCAGUGCCUCCUCCACUACACGCACAAAAGGUCCUCUUUCUACCAGUCUUAAAAGCAAGAGACACCAAAUAAAGAGUGACCCUACACCAUUUGGCUAUGAAGAUUCUUUGCGAGGUGCUCUUCGUGCUGACAGCAAAAAUAAAGGUAUAGCAAGUACCAAGCCCAGUGUGCCUAGGUCCUCCUCUCAACCAGGAUGGACUCAACGCCGUUUACCUUCAAUGGACACUGAAGACUUUGAAACCAUCCCAUCCAGCGCUGAGGAGCUAUCAAAUUCCUCAGAUGGAGAAGAGGACAGCAAUAACAAAAAUGGGGAGCCUGAGCGCUUUCAAGUGCAGCUGACGUAUGAGGCAUGUGAACCGCACGAGCUUUCGCUGGAGGCGGGAGAUGUAGUACAGUUUGUAGAGGAGGCCAAAAAUGGCCACUGGCUAGUCAAGAACCUAAUUACUCUGAAGACAGGGCUGGUCCCGCCCACUAUCCUGCAGUCUACAGCAGGAGGAGUGGACAUUUUCAGUAACACUGACAUCUUCAGUGACCUGUGCACUGCGGCCCUUACAGACACAGAGGAGUCAGAGGAGAGCGCUGGACUGCUACAGGCCCAGGAGAGCAGACUUGCAUGUUGAACAUGUGCAUGUGUCUUUUUUUUUGUUGUUAUUCUUGUUGCUGUCUUGCUACAGUGCCAUGCAUCCAUGAAGCGUGCAGGAUACUUCUCUGCUAAACCUCUAAGUUGGACAGAAUCUGGUGAAGCGCUAGAGCAAGCCUCACCAUUGUGGAAGAGCAGGGACCCUAUAUUGCUGCUAUUCCGCACUAACAAGAGAGUGCUUGAGCAUUGAGUAUUGCCAUUUUUUUUUGCCUUUGGACUCUAGAGCAAAGACUCUAGUUCCGUUGCUGAUGCGAUGCGUCAGAUGACAUGGCCAGUCAUCAUUAGCUUUCAUUAGGUAAUCUGCUGUGCCUUAGCAGCAAAAACAUAUUUUUUUGAUAUUUUGAAUGAAAUGUUCAAAGAGGUUCAUGGAAGGCUGAGAGGAAACCUGAAAGCCAUGCAGUAUGUUUCCGAGGUGGCAUGUCGUCUGUUCAGACACAGGCCUGAUCAUUUCACGAAGUUGAGAUAGUCAAAGAGAAAGAAGAAAGAAAAGAAGAGAGAAAGUGUUUCGUCCUGCUGAAAUUACUACUCAAAAAACACUGAAAUGGAAAAAAAAUCAUAAGAAUUUUAUGUUUUUGAUUCUGUUGGUCACAAACUCAGCACUUUUAGAAUAAAAUAACAGUAUAUUAUGCGUAUUAUAGAAGAUUUGUAUACUCUUUUUAUAUAUGCUGACUUAUUUGUUAUGUAAUCAUUCAGUAAACAUUAAUUUCUGGUGGAUUUUAAAGCUACAUACAAUCUUCCUAAAAGACCUUUAGGAUCUCUCACAGAUUUCAGUCCAGGUUUAGCUUCUAAGCAUUAUUUUAUCUUAUCAUAUUUUAUCACUGUAGCACAAAUAUACCAACCGUACUGUAAGAACAGAUGAUUUUUGUCAUUGAAUCUUUUACAUUUUUUAUAUUGGGUAAACUUCUGGUCAUAAACUUCAUAAAAUCAAAUGUAAAAGGAGCCUAUAAAUCAAUAAGCGUACUGUAUCAAAUGCUGCCUUCAUACUUUCAUAUUGUCUAGCAAGAACUGGAAAAUGCAAUGACAGUUUGUCACUGAAUGUACAAUAGUCUCAUGACACUAAAUAUACCAUAUAAUAAGAACGAAUGCUCCAAUUAUAACAUUUACAUUGAACAUGAAUUCAAAGAAAACCAAUCUGAAGGUUGACUUAUAAACUAGAAGGACUUUUGUCCCUUUUGACCAUAUUUCGGUAAUUUUUCUCACUCCUGUUCAAUUGUUUAUUGAUGUAAAUUCUUAGCACAAAAAUGAAAUGUGGAAUGCAGAACUUAUUGCUGACAGCGUAUCAUUAUGUGAUGUUAUUUAUUAAGAAGACAAACUGACACUUUGACUAUUUGGUCAGUGUCAGCAGAAAGACAAGUAUGUAUUACUGGUCUACAUUUUUGAACAUACAAUUAAAUACAUGCAUAGUAAAA